AUGAGUCUACCGCUUACAAAAAAAGAUCUCAUGAUAGUCAAUAUGGGCCCUCAACACCCAUCAAUGCAUGGUGUUCUUCGACUGAUCGUUACUCUUGAUGGUGAGGAUGUUAUUGAUUGUGAACCCAUAUUAGGGUAUUUACACAGAGGAAUGGAAAAAAUCGCGGAAAACCGAACGAUUAUACAAUACUUACCUUAUGUAACAAGGUGGGAUUAUUUAGCUACUAUGUUUACAGAAGCAAUAACAGUAAAUGCACCAGAAUUCUUGGAGAAUAUUCAAAUACCACAAAGAGCCAGCUAUAUUAGGGUAAUUAUGUUAGAGUUAAGCCGUAUAGCUUCUCACUUGCUAUGGCUUGGACCUUUUAUGGCGGAUCUCGGCGCACAGACUCCUUUUUUCUACAUUUUUAGAGAGAGAGAAUUAAUAUAUGAUCUAUUUGAAGCUGCUACAGGUAUGCGAAUGAUGCACAAUUACUUCCGCAUCGGAGGAGUAGCCGCCGAUCUACCUUAUGGAUGGAUCGAUAAAUGUUUAGAUUUCUGUGAUUAUUUUUUACGCGGAGUUGUUGAAUAUCAACAACUUAUUACACAGAAUCCCAUUUUUUUAGAGCGAGUUGAAGGAGUAGGUUUUAUUAGCGGAGAAGAAGCAGUAAAUUGGGGCUUAUCGGGACCUAUGUUACGAGCUUCUGGAAUACAAUGGGAUCUUCGUAAAGUGGAUCCUUAUGAGUCUUACAACCAAUUUGAUUGGAAAGUCCAAUGGCAAAAAGAAGGCGAUUCAUUAGCUCGCUAUUUAGUACGAGUUGGUGAAAUGAGCGAAUCCAUCAAAAUAAUUCAACAAGCUAUAGAAAAAAUUCCUGGAGGACCUUAUGAGAAUUUAGAAGUCCGACGCUUUAAGAAAGAAAAGAAUUCUGAAUGGAAUGAUUUUGAGUAUAAAUUUCUUGGUAAAAAACCUUCCCCCAAUUUUGAAUUGUCAAGGCAAGAGCUUUAUGUAAGAGUGGAAGCCCCAAAAGGUGAAUUAGGGAUUUAUCUAGUAGGAGAUGAUAGCCUUUUUCCCUGGAGAUGGAAAAUCCGUCCACCCGGUUUUAUUAAUUUGCAAAUUCUUCCUCAACUAGUUAAAAAAAUGAAAUUGGCUGAUAUCAUGACGAUAUUAGGUAGUAUAGAUAUCAUUAUGGGGGAAGUUGAUCGUUGA